CUUUUUUUCGUGAGCUACAAACCGAGCCACACGUUUUGAAAUAAAAUGAAUCAAGCAAAUUCGAAAAAACGCAAGUUCGUCGCCGCUGGCGUUUUCAAAGCUGAAUUAAAUGAGUUUUUAACUCGCGAACUUGCUGAAGAUGGUUACUCUGGUGUAGAAGUUCGUGUGACUCCAUCACGAACAGAAAUUAUUAUCAUGGCCACCAGAACACAAAAUGUUUUGGGUGAAAAAGGGCGCCGCAUUCGUGAACUGACUGCUGUUGUCCAAAAAAGAUUCAACUUCGCUCCUGGUGCAGUCGAAUUAUAUGCUGAAAAGGUCGCUACUCGAGGUCUUUGCGCUAUUGCACAAGCUGAAUCACUCCGUUACAAACUUAUUGGAGGUUUAGCUGUUCGUCGUGCUUGCUAUGGUGUUCUUCGUUUCAUCAUGGAGUCAGGCGCUAAAGGUUGCGAAGUUGUUGUGUCUGGAAAACUUCGUGGUCAGCGUGCAAAGUCGAUGAAGUUCGUCGAUGGUUUGAUGAUCCAUUCCGGUGAUCCUUGCAACGAUUAUGUCGACACAGCAACACGUCACGUUCUUUUGCGCCAAGGUGUGCUGGGAAUUAAAGUGAAAAUCAUGCUCCCAUGGGAUCCAACUGGAAAGAUCGGACCAAAACGCCCAUUGCCUGACAAUGUUUCUGUGGUUGAACCUAAAGAAGAGACCAUCUAUCUAACACCAGACACAGAAUAUAAACUUAAGCCUACUCUCCCAGGAAUGCCAGAGGAAGCUCAUGUUGAAAUCAAGUAAAUUUGCUGCAUUUUCGUAUUGUAAAAUGUAAGGGAGAAAUAAAAGAUCCAUAAAUUCCAGAAUUAAAUC